AUGGAUCAUGCGGCUUACCAUGUGAUUUAUGUCGACACCCGGCUGAGCCAAGGACUGGACGGAAAGCUUGUGCAAAAGACUGAGAAUGCCCUGCCAGGAGACAGCGACAGUCUUGGUCGUCUAUCAUGGGAGGACCGCAACCCGGAGUGCCUGAAAGCAAUACUUGGAGAGAUCGAGGAAGUUCGAACAAACUUGAAGCGCCUGCUCACUCAUUUCAACAAUGAGAGGACAUGUAUGGCCAACCUCAGGAGACUCGAUAGCACGGGAUUGGACCAAGGUCCAACGCUUGUCCUCUCUGGAAUCUCGUUCGAGGCAGUAAGUGAGGUUCGAGGGAACGAUGCGGGGGAAGCAUCUAUUCAUCCUUCAACAGACCCAGAGGGUUUAUGCCUUCUCAAUCGUGUAGCUAAGGAGAUCUCGAGCUCAAAGCUUCCAAGGACAGUACUACCAGUCGCUGUCGUUCAUGGCACUAGGCAGAAGAUCCAACGUCGUCAGCCAUUUGCAAAGACCGUUCACAAUCGCCCGUCGUCAGGAGGUUCGCUGAGCGCUACACCACAUUCGAGCACCAAUAUGAGCAACGACCUCACAAGCGCGAUACACACCUUAAAAUGCGUCGAUGCUGGUGCGAUCGACGUUUUGGAUAGCCCGCUACAAGAGGAGCGACUUCACAGUCUUAUAGUACGUGCCUAUCGGUGCCAUAAAGAUGCCCGUGAUGCGCAAGCGGGGCUUCUACAGAGGAAGAGAGAGAGGAAGCUGUCGUGGCUCGGUAAUACAGAAAAUAAGCCAUAUGCAUACCUUCGAGAAAAGAUGGUUUCAGAUCUCAUGACGGGUAUCUGCAAUCCCGAGGAACACAUCCAUUUAGGCUAUCAGCAUCACCCUCCGGAUCUCAGCAAUGAGCGUGAAGCACAAAUCAAACAAGCAAUUGGGAGCUGGUCGUACUGGGGGCAUGAUUACUCAGAAGAGGAGUUGAUUUAUGCAGCAAGGUUCAUGCUAGAACAUGCGCUGUCCCUGCCAGAGCUCGAAAGAUGGCGCAUUCCGACCGAAAGGCUGACGAUGUUCCUCGUGGCAUGUAGAGCUUCAUAUAAUGACUUCGUUGAGUAUCACAACUUUCGGCAUGUGAUCGAUGUCAUGCAAGCCACCUUCCACUUUUUGAUUCAGCUUGGAGUACUACCGUCAUUCCCUUUGUCUCCGUCCUCGUCCGAACCUCGUCAGAGCAAGCGAGGCGUUGCUUCAUUACUCAAGCCUCUGGAAGCACUCACGAUGCUCAUAACGGCAAUUGGUCACGAUGUAGGCCAUCCGGGCGUCAACAACGCCUUUUUAGUAUCUCUCAACGCUCCUCUGGCACAGCUAUACAAUGACCGAUCCGUUUUAGAAGCCUUUCACUGUGCCGCUUAUUCUCAAAUACUCCGAAGGCAUUGGAGGGUAGCUUUCGAGGACACGGAGAUGCGUAAUCUUAUGAUCAACUCAAUACUUGCAACUGAUAUGGGAGUCCAUCAGAAGUACAUGACCGACUUGGGCAACCUUCAAGAGAAAUUGCACCAUCAACAAGGCUUGGACGGAUUCAAUGCGCAGCAGCUCGAAGAAUAUAAGACACUAGCGUGCGCACUACUCAUCAAGUGUGCAGAUAUCAGCAAUGUGGCGCGGCCUUAUAAUGUUGCUGUCAGAUGGGCCAACAUCCUCCAGCUUGAAUUCGCUAACCAAGGUAUCAUGGAAGAAGCUGUUGGUAUUCCAACAGCGCUAUUUGGUGGUCCUCCAGAGCUUGGGAAUCUAGUCAAACUAGGACAAUCGCAGAGAAGCUUCAUGAACUUUUUCGCACAGCCACUAUUUGAAUCCGUAGCGGAUGUUCUACCUGAUAUGGUCUUUGCAGUCACCGAGUUGAAACAAAACCAGGCGGAGUGGACUGAGCGCAUAAGGAAUGUGACAGAAAAUGCUUCACCACACGGAAGGGAUCGAGAACAUUCGAAAGCUUUGUCUCCACGCUCAAGAAGCCCAAUCAGAUCUGAAAGUCAACCGGAGCUAUCACACCCUGAAGGACUGCCGGCCUCGAACCCUUCCCCCGAACCAUCAUUGUCCACGAACCAGACUCAACCAUCCCUUCCGAUGCAACUCAGAUCUUCUGAUCCAGCCAUCACCAUUCCUCCUCAUGUUCUCAGCGAUCGAAGUCUUCAGCCAGAAUCAAACUCACGCCGCUCGUCUCAAACCUAUGCUCUCAACACAAGUAGUCUUGGUCCAGAGCACACGGCAGACUUCUCACGUCGGUCAUCAGGUGCGUUACAUUCUGCGGCCAGUCCCAAUGUAGCGCUUGCACCGAGACGUACGAGUAACAGUUCGCCUAGUCAGUUGCAACUAGCACCUGACACUCAGCCGCAUCCCGAUGCUAUGGACCUUACUGUCGAGAACAGGAAUCCAAACAGCCGAGCGUCCGAAGACACGCUCUCGCAAAUACAAAUCAUGAAUGGAGUCGCAGUCAUAAACACCAACCACACGGGAUUAGCAAAUGGGAGUGGUGGUGGAGGCGACGUUAUGCGGCGAGGAAGCAAGGGAAAUGAUCAGACCCGCUCGCAAGCGGCCAUUUCUUACCAACAUAUCGAUCACUCUUACGAACAACGGAACCAUCACCGAUCAUCGUCAGGCGCACAUACGAAUAACACUACCUUGUCUCAGUCUACCCCGUAUUCUCCCACCGGCACGCAAGCAACUAGCGUCUUGACCGUUGAAAGUGAUGAAAAGGGCUCCCACGGACGAAUGAACAGUUGGCCUGAACGCAAUGGAGCACCUGACGUACCGAAUGUUGAACGUCCAGGUAGCAGCCAUCGGGUCGGUGCGUCAGGCUCCAUCAGUGGCAGUAUGAAAGAACCUGAAAUCAAAACUUCCGUACUCAAUAACAAUGGAAGUCUCCGUGGAUCGAAUCCAGGGCACAGAUCCAUAGGUAAAAGGAGCUCCAAGUUCAACAUCUUCCAUUCGUGGAAGCGACGAGGCAAUCGGACUGAGGCGAGUCCGUAA